AUGUUUAGACCUAACAAUGGAGCAGGAGGAAACACGAAUUUCCCUGGACCCCGACUAGCGGGGCUACCUCCCAUCCCCCCACCAACCCCCCCCCAUACGUUUGAUUCAUUUGCUAAAAAUAAAGUGUUCACCCCCUUCCUUAUACUAUACUUCACCUUGAUAUAUAUAUUGAGUGUCGUUCGCAACGGAUGCAUGCUGAUCUACAACAAAGGAUACGACCAGUUCAGAAAGCUAUAUGAUUCACCAAUGAAUACGGACGGAAGAAUGACCAACAAUGGAUGGUACUCGUAUGGGAACACUUACGGUAGUCCCCACUUAAACAGCCCCAAAAUGAUCAGCGGAAACGAUUUCAGAGGAAAUGGAAAAGAAAAUUCACAGCAUGGGAUUAACAGAACGAAAAAAAAAGGGCCUGUUCUGUAUGGUCUACUGGACGAGGAGCAAGGACAUAGCAUCCGCAUAAAAUCUGGCGAACUGUACAAAGGAAUAAAACCAUUUAGAAAUCAACCGAAUGCUCGAAUGGAUAGAGAAUACGAUGAUGAUGAAUUUACAGAUGAUGAGUCAGAAUUAGAAUUAGAAGAUGACUACUACGACGGCGACUACGAUUUCUUCGACUAUGGCAAUGGGGAUUACGACCUGGAUAUAUCCAAUAUACCAAACGGAAAAAUGAGUUGGCAAGAAAAAUAUUUUAAAAAACAAGACGUAAAUGAAAAUGGAAGAACAAAUGAACAGAGUGAACUAAAGGAGUUGAUGAAAAAUGAAAUGAAAACAAAAAUACUUAACGAACUGAUUAAUCAAUUUAAUUCGAAACAAAUGGACACAACAACACAGCAGGGUAAAGAAAAUGCACAAGUAGCACUCAACCUACAGAUACUACAAGCAAUUCUAAAGGAUGAGAUCACCACUCAAACCGAAGCCAACACCAAUUUCAUAAAUCGAGAAGCUCCGAAAAGUCUAUCUCAAUUGAAUCUAGAACUCACUGACGCGGAGAAUAAAUAUACAGAAAAAAAGAAAGAACAAGAGCAAAAAGUUACUCAAAUGGAAAAAAUAGAAGAAGAAAUUAAUCAAAUAAAAAAACAAAUUGAAAAUGUGAAACAUAAAAGGAACAUCUAUGUAGACCCGAAUGAAGAGUACAGACAACUACUCUUUUUGUACCCACAAAAUAAAAUGCUCCAGGAACAGGAAAAAACAGGGCUCCUUAUGGAGCUAGAAAAGAAAUAUAAAGUCAAAGAGGAAGAAAAGGAGAAUCUCCUGAAGAACAUGCAGGAGAUGAAGAAGGAACUGCAAUGCGCGAGCAACGAAGUGCAGGUUCUGCGUGCACGUAUUAAAGUAAAAGAGAGGAGAGAAAAAUAUAAUAAGAAAGUAAACCAGCCCUCUAGUCAACUACCUUGGGUGGUAGCUGAAGAACAAGUCAAAUCGCAAGCCAAAUCACAAGCCCAAGCAAAAGCCAAAGUGGAAGCGUACGUACCAAAUACACCGGACAUGCCAAACUUACCGCAACUAUCAUCAACACCAUCGCUAAAGUCGCUGUCGACCCACUUGAAAGGAGCAGUCCUUCCGUCGUGGGUAGAGGAUUUGCCAGAACCCGUCAAAAUGGGAAUUUUAUCGGAUUUGCAGCAAAAACUUGAAAUGAUGGAACCCAAAAUACACACAGAAGCUGAUCAGAUAGAGCAACAGGUGAACUGUGUCUAUUGA